AUGAAUGUGUCUGCAUGGACAUCACUCGCAAACACCAACUCAUCCGAAGCUUUGAAUUACCCGGUGGUGACCGGAAUACCAACGGAUAUGCUGUUGGCACCGGUUAACGUGUCUGUAUCCACAACACAGGCACCUUCAGAAAACACAGUACACGCGUUGGUAUCGCUGUCAGUGGUGUGUGUGGGGGGACUGAGUUUGAUCAGCGGACAAGAGGACCUCAUACUCAAACCCGACCAGGUGGCCGCUGUUCUGUCGUGCCUUGCACUGGCGCCUCCCGUGCACGCACUGGGGUAUACGAAUGUAGGAAAUAGUGUGGGAGAUGAGGAUGCCGAGGAGAUGUUCGGUACGAGACAGUCUGAGAACGACAGCGACGAUGUGGCGGCGGUGGCUAUGCGCGCGAUGCUCGAGGUCACACAGCCGAGCGGUAUUGGUACAGUGGGUGGGAG